GCAUUAUAGACAUAGUUGUGAUUAUUUUUUCCGUUAAGAUUUGUUAGCGUAGCCUGGCGUAUAAAUACUUUUAAUAACAAAGACGUAUAUGUCUUGUAAUGUAGAUAUUGGCAUUGUUAUGUACGACGGGCAUAAAUUUGCAAUCUUUUUUUAUUAAGUUAAUUUGACCAUUAAUUGUGCGGUAAAAUUUUGUUUGUUACAUAAUAAAGUGUAAUUGGUAUUGAUAGUGUAACUUUGCGAGAUGUUGAGAUUACCGGUUGUGCGAGCGACGAGCCUGGCAAGUGGCAGGUUUUGCGCUAUUAGUUUUCAUACAACGUCCAGAAAGUCGCAACAACAGCAAGAAUUGGUCGAGCUUUUUAUCGAUGACAAACCCGUACAAGUUCCACCUGGGACAACAGUCUUACAGGCUGCUGCAAAGUUAGGAAUUGAAAUACCGAGGUUCUGUUAUCACGAACGUCUUGCUGUAGCUGGAAAUUGCAGAAUGUGUCUUGUUGAAGUAGAAAAAGCAGUCAGACCAGUUGCUGCUUGCGCAAUGCCUGUAAUGAAAGGUUGGAGAGUGAAAACUAAUUCUGAUGUAACACGGAGAGCACGCGAGGGUGUUAUGGAGUUCUUGUUGGUCAAUCAUCCAUUGGACUGUCCGAUCUGUGACCAAGGUGGGGAAUGUGAUUUGCAAGAUCAGAGCAUGGCUUUUGGAAUGGACAGAAGCAGAUUCGUUGAUAUGUAUCACUCUGGGAAAAGAGCGGUGGAGGAUAAAGAUCUCGGACCCUUGAUUAAGACGGUCAUGACUCGUUGCAUACACUGCACAAGAUGCAUUAGAUUUGCUUCGGAAGUAGCUGGCAUUGAUGAUCUAGGAACUACAGGACGUGGCAAUGAUAUGCAAGUAGGAACGUACAUUGAGAAAAUGUUCUUGUCGGAGCUAUCUGGCAAUAUCAUCGACCUUUGUCCCGUGGGUGCGCUAACUAGCAAACCAUAUGCGUUUGUCGCCCGUCCUUGGGAGACGCGUCGUACUGACAGUAUUGAUGUUCACGACGCUGUUGGUAGCAACAUAGUCAUCUCUCAUAGAACUGGCGAAGUUCUGAGAAUACUACCCAGAGUGAAUGAGGAGGUGAAUGAGGAGUGGCUUUCGGACAAAGCUCGUUUCUCGUACGACGGACUCAAAAGACAGAGACUCAUCACACCAAUGAUGAAGAUCAAUGGAAAAUUGCAGUCUGUUGAUUGGGAGGAUGCACUUAUUGCUGCCGCUAAACCUUUGACGAAUGUGUCGGCGAACCAAUGCGCAGCAAUUGCCGGGAAAUUGUCGGAUGCGGAAGCUCUCGUCGCCAUGAAGGAUCUAGUUAACAAAUUAGGAAGCGAGGGGCUGGCCACGGAGCAGUGCUAUCCGAAAGACGGCUCGGGCAUAGAUCUCAGAAGUAGUUAUCUUUUGAACAACACUAUCGCUGCGAUUGAAGACGCGGAUGUCGUAGUAUUAAUCGGUACAAAUCCGAGAUACGAGGCGCCUCUAGUAAACACGCGUCUCAGGAAGGGCCAUCUUCACGGUGAACAAACUGUUGCCCUUAUCGGUCCGGAUGUCGAUUUAACUUAUCAACAUGAGUACUUGGGAGAAUCUUUGGACGUGAUUACAAAAUUACGACACGGCUCUCAUUCGUUCUGUUCUACUUUGAAAGAGGCUAAGAGACCACUUGUUAUCUUGGGCGCUGAUCAACUAACUCGAAAGGACGGAGCUAAAAUUCUCUACGAAACGCAAGAGCUGGCAAAGGCUUUAGGAGAAAGCUCGAAGGCUCCCCAGGAAUGGAAAAUUUUGAACAUACUGCAUACGAAUGCUUCUCAAGUUGCCGCCUUGGAUAUCGGUUACAGUUCGACCGUGGACGAGAUCAAACAGCAACAACCUAAAGUCCUAUUUCUUUUGGGCGCUGACGAUGCGGAUAUUAAAAGGAACGAUUUCCCAAAUACAUUCAUUAUUUAUAUAGGAAGUCAUGGUGAUGCUGGAGCAGCUAUUGCUGAUGUUGUACUCGCCGGAGCGGCAUACACCGAAAAAGUUGCAAGUUACGUUAAUACAGAAGGUCGAUCGCAACAGACCUGCGCGGCGAUAACACCGCCCGGCUUGGCGCGUCCAGAUUGGAAAAUUAUUCGUGCUCUUUCUGAAAUAGCUAAUGUUACCUUGCCCUACGACAAUUUAAACGAACUUAGGUCUAGGCUUGAAGAAAUUGCACCGCAUCUAGUACGGUAUGGUGAUGUCGAACAGGCUAAUUAUUUUACACAAGCUCUGGAAAUAGCCAAGCAACAGUCCGGUGGAUCAUUUUUAUCGGAUCCCGUAGACGUCAAACAAAAGACGUUAGAUCAGUUCUUUAUGACCGAUGUAGUAUCACGAGCGUCUCGAACCAUGGCGAAGUGCGUUCAAGCGGUCAUGAAGCAGCAACAAAGCGUAGCAUAAACUAUCCAACGUUUCUUAUCGGGAAGAAACUCCCUCAUCCGCUAGUUAUCCGAUAAUACUGGCUGAACAUCGCGUCACUUUCGCAGCUGAUGGUGAACAAAAUGUUAUUUACAGUAACAUUACACAAAAAACUGUAUUCGUAAAAUAUAAAUCUAUAUAUUAAAUUGUAUGAAGAAUAGGGUACACAGUUGUAAUGCCGCUGUCCUAUUAAUUGUACAAUUGAAAUUAGUAGAAUAAAAUUAUAUGUAUAUAUAAAUUA